UCGCAAAUUUCUUGAGCGGAAGGAAAAGAAAAAGGGUAAGUCUUUAUUUGUACUUCACAGGGCUUCAGAACGUGGAACUCUUGCUUCUCUCUGCGAUCUCACCAAAAUAAUUUCAGAAAGCAGAAAAGAGUGUUCUUUCGAGCAGUUAAUGGAGUCGAAUCAAUCCAAACCCGGCCUACUGUGCAAUCCUGAAGUCUCUCAGAGAACCCUGUAUCCAUAUGUGACUGGUACAUCUGUUGUGGCUCUCAAGUACAAAGAUGGAAUUUUGAUGGCUGCUGAUAUGGGAGGUUCUUAUGGGUCUACCCUGCGGUACAAAAGUGUGGAGCGAAUGAAGCCCGUUGGAAAGCAUUCCCUUCUUGGCGCAAGUGGAGAAAUAAGUGACUUUCAGGAGCUAUUACGUUAUCUUGACGAGCUCAUCCUAUACGACAACAUGUGGGAUGAUGGGAACUCUUUGGGACCAAAAGAGGUGCACAACUAUCUGACCCGUGUGAUGUACAAUAGGCGUAACAAGUUUGAUCCACUGUGGAACUCUCUUGUCCUUGGUGGAGUAAAAAAGGGACAGAAGUACCUUGGCAUGGUUAGCAUGAUAGGCGUGAAUUUUGAGGAUAAUCAUGUAGCUACAGGAUUUGGAAAUCACCUAGCACGGCCUAUUCUUCGUGACGAGUGGCAUGAGAACUUGACUUUUGAAGAAGGAGUAAAGUUGCUGGAGAAGUGCAUGCGUGUCCUUCUCUAUCGUGAUCGAUCUGCUGUCAACAAGCUUCAGAUAUCUAAAAUCACUGAAGAAGGUGUGACUAUCUCUCAGCCUUACUCUUUGAAGACUUUCUGGGGCUUCUCCGCUUUCGAAAAUCCAACAUUGGGCGCUGAAGGAUCAUGGUAGCUGGAUGGCGGCAUCGCUUCUGAACACGAAAAACCCAGCUAGGAGCCAAGUUGAAAUUUGUUGUCUUUCUACAGUUAAAACUAUGAACUUGUAACACUGUUUACACUCGGGAAUAUAUUUCUCAAUGGCUAGUUGGUUCCGAGAAACUUUUUAGAGAUAAUACAUCGUGUUCUUUAUUCGGUGUUGCAUCAUCCACUCGAGCAUGAACUUAUUGUCGUGGUAUUUAUACCAAUGUUUGUACUUCUUUCGAGUUA